UAGCAUUACCGGUUUUUCCACUCCUCGUUUCAAAAUGGCACCGUGUUUGAGCGACUAAAAAUUCCUUCGUCGGGAGCUAACUGACUGAAGAAUGCAGUCAUGGCGAGCGUACGGACCUUAGCCAUAGCAACAGUGGUUUGCCUGGGUGUUGUGAUAGUCUCCUCUGAAGACACAGAGAGACAUGAACGCAACAGAUCGCGGAGGAACAUCUUCCAGACGAUGAUGAUGCUAUCUUGUAUCACCGAGAAGUCGUCGUUCGACUACUCGGACUACGGCUGCUAUUGCGGGCCGGGAGGGCAGGGCAAGCCGGUGGACAUCCUCGACCAAUGCUGCAAAGUCCACGACGAAUGUUACGGGACUGCUGAGAAAAACUGUUUCCCGCUGUUUGAGUACAUCGGCGUCUACGAGUAUGAAUGUAAAGAUAGAAAAAUAUCAUGUGCUAUUGAAGAUAAAACGAAGCUGUCGUGUCGCGAGUUCCUGUGUGAGUGCGACCGGAAGGUGAACUUGUGCCUGACCAAGAACGAGAAGGAGUACAACUCGGCAUACUUCAACAUGGACCAGGCAAAGUGUAAAUGAUAACGUCACCAACGUGACGUCAUUGAGCGUCCGCCAUGUUGGCGGGUCAAAGGUUACUAAGUUUCUACCAAAUUCCCUGCCAAGAGGGACAAAUAAGGAAGCUUAUAAUUCCAACUACGCAUGUGUGGUGAAAUGUAUUGUGGGUACUGUGUCAAAGGUGAAGGCCCCAGAAACAUAAACAAAACACGUAUUGUAUUGUUUGUUUAUAAAAAAAAUGUCAGGGGUCAUCAACUUUGAUACUUUACCCACAAUGCACCUCGCUGCGCAUGAGUAGUUGGUACCACGAGCACCCUUAUUGCAGGAACAGGCCAAAAUUUGGUAGACAACUGGCUGCUGGCUGGGAGAUUCCAUUCUGAUUCUUUGAGUUCUAAGAGUUUUAAGUUCUAGAGUUAUAUCUUUAGUUGAAAGAUAUUUGCUUUACUUGUAACGUUAGAGGCAAGACAACUUUCAAAAAAAUACUAGUGGUUGUAAGUGGUACUGUGUAUACUGCAGAAUUCGUACGUAAAUGGUUCUACUAAUCGUAAUAUGUAAUCUGAACCUGAGCUCAGUAUCAAUGUCGAUAUCUUCCAGUGCUAUACUGGACUUUUCGAUGGAGUUAAAAAUCCGCCUUUUUCUUUUUUCUGGCUUGCUUAUUCAUCAAUGUUCUAGGCCCCUGGGUUCCCCUUCAAUAGUAUAUGGCAUUGCAUAAUUUAAUGUUUGUAUUGUGUAAUUUGAAGAAUAACAUGACGAGGUCAUACUGCUUAUCUUUUAACUCUAUCUACCAAUGGAAAGCAGUUCGCAACAACAAUCUGUACCAUGUACUAUGUAUCGGCCGUCUGUCUGUGCAAUGACAAAUUAAAAUAUGUUUGAACAUGUAUUUCUAACUUCUGCAAUAAAUGCUAUUUUGUUACAUCUUA